UCAGCUGUUCUUCUUCUGGCUAUUUUGGCAGAGAUGCUACCCCUUCCCCCUCCACCUGCAUCUCCAAUACCACCUUCACCACUACUACAAGCCCAAAGGCAAACUAAACCGCUCUCUCUGAAUCAAAUCAUCACAAAGUAUGCUCAGAACCAAGAUGCUCUGGUGCCCGCAGCUCUGGUGCCCGCAGCGGCCAAUCAUGAAUCCAGAAAAUCAGAAAAGCAACCAAUGCUCUGGCCACCUCAGGGUCGACGGACAAAUCCACUUAUAUGGUGCGGUGCAAUAGUAUGUCUCAUAUUCAGCCUUAUUCUUAUCUUCUUUGGAAUUACAACUUUGAUCAUCUUCCUUGUUGUUAGACCUAGAAUACCACUGUUCGACAUCCCUAAUGCAAAGCUCAGCACCAUCUACUUUGACUCACCAGAGUAUUUCAAUGGUGACUUCGCUUUCCUGGCAAAUUUCUCCAACCCAAAUCGGAAAAUAGAUGUAAGAUUUGAGUAUCUGCAGAUGGAACUUUACUUUUCUGAUAGGCUCAUAGCAAUUCAGUCUCUUGACCCUUUCACUCAAAGACCUCGAGAAGGAAGGCUGGAAGCAGUUCACUUGGUAUCGAGCUUGGUUUACUUACCUCAGAAUCACGCUCUGGCGCUUCGAACCCAGGUGCAGAACAAUCGAGUCGAGUAUAAUAUAAGAGGAACAUAUAAAGUGAGAGCCAGUCUGGGAAUGAUCCACUUUUCUUACUGGUUGCACAGCAGAUGCCAAUUACAGAUGACAGGUCCACCGACUGGUGUUUUAGUUGGCCGAAGUUGCAGAACCAAAAGAUGAAGAUAGGAGCAAUACUUGUACCACUACCAUCUUUCCUUUUUCUUCUGUCUGCAUUGAGAUCUAAAUGGAAUUCUUGGUGUAUAACAGGAGUGUAUAGUAUGAUACAUGAACAUUCUAUCCUUACAACAAAUGAAGUUUAUUUUGUGAUAUUAUAGGUUGUAUUGAAAAACACAGGAGAAAAAAUCAACAUAUAUCAAUGCAAUAGUACAUAAUAAAUGAGAUCACAAACACAGGAAACAUGACAAGACCCUCUGCAAGGAAAAUAAAAUGGAGUCCUCAGAAUUUCCCCUGACAAACUGAAACUCUAUAUGAGGAAGGAAGAACUAAAGUAGCAUGAAUAUUGUAUGGAGAAUCAACUAGGAUCCUGUGCUGAUCUCUGCAUAAACUCUGCAUUCUUAAUAUUUCCAGAAUAUUCAACUACGGCGUACUUGAUUAUCACCAAAAGAAUUUAUAUUAAAAUAAUUGAUUGAUCCAAAACUUUAGAGAAACUACAGCUAUAGAAUGAACCAAAAUGAUAGCU